AUGACCAAUGACAUCCAGCUCUUCAAAAUGGUGACUGCACAGGUCUUGCUGAGGGUAUCCCUCUUUGCCUUGCUGUGUGUGGAGGUUCAUAAUGCUCCAGUAAAAGGUUUUAAAUCUCAAGACCAGGGCAUACCCAGUGAUCCAGUAGCUGCAGAUCAUUUUGGCUCCCAGCAGGGAUCAGCCUCUAGCAGUGUUUAUUUUAUGCCUCCUCAGGAUCAAGUUGUCACUGGGUCUUACCUGCCCAGUCAGGGAGAAUUCAUUUCUAGCGGUUCUGAACCUGCUGCAUAUGCUGCUGGCUUAUCUAUGCCUGCUGACAGGAGAUACGCUGUCAUUCCUGAACAGUCUGAGACUCAGGCUGCCCCAUCAGAGAUGAAUUGGUUUGUUCCACCUCCAAACUUUGAAGAAACCACACACAUCCAGCCUGACGAUGCAAGCAUUGUUGGGCCAUCCGUCCCUCAGGCCCCCAUCCCUCAGCCAGGGGAAGCUUCCAACUCUGUAAAGGAAGCGGAGCUUGGAAACUAUGAGCAGCUAACAGAGCAUUUUGGUUUCCCGGCUUCCAAUGUGGGGCCUGUUCAGGGUUUUCAGUACGCAGUACCAGAUUUUCAUGGCCUUUGGGAAAAUCCGUUUCUUUACCCUGAGUUUGAUUACAUGCUCAUUUAUGGCCUGUACCCUCCUGGAACCUACAGUACCUUUAGCCAACACCAUGAAAAAGGGAAGGAACACUCUCAGGAAGUCCAUUACUUGAAAGAGCAUGGCCCAGAUUCUCCUCAGAACCCUGAACCUGGGCAACAGAAACUCUUUCCUGGGACUCCUUAAGGCUGGUGGUGUGAAAACUCGGUGGACUGUAUUAAAACUCUCAACUUGUUCUAUUGUUUGCAGGUCUUCUGGGGAUUAAAAUGGUUGGAAGCCAUAUUUUCAAUUAAAAAUCAUGCAAGCACUCAUCGCAUUUGGUGUAUAUAUGUUUUGCCAGAAUGACUUGGCCAUGGUUAUAUGAAGGGGAGAACCAUAGUGUAAAGGCUUAUGCUAUGUUUACAC